UUGACAGCUUCUCAGUGGCUGAGAGAGAAAAAUUGAAAAUUAUGAAUUUAGAAUAUUUCUAAAACAAAGUGUUUCAAUGACCGCUGGAAAAGAAACAAUGGGGGAGCAGCCAAUCUUCACGUGCAAGGCGCAUGUGUUCCACAUAGACCCAAAGACCAAGCGCUCUUGGAUGUCGGCAAGCUCAGCAGCUGUUUCGGUCUCAUUCUUCUAUGAUUCCUCUAGGAACUUAUAUAGGAUUAUCAGUGUAGAAGGAACAAAGGCUGUGAUCAACAGUACUAUUACAGCAAAUAUGACAUUCACCAAGACAUCACAAAAAUUCGGUCAAUGGAGUGACGUUCGCGCGAAUACUGUAUAUGGAUUGGGGUUUUCGUCUGAAGCGGAGUUGGGAAAGUUUAUUGAGAAAUUCCAAGAAGUUAAAGAAGCGAUUCAAGCGCAACAAUGCGGUGGUCCGCCUAAGACAACAAAUGGAUCAGGUGCGGCCACACCCGUAGCCUCGGCGACUGCCAGUCCUUUACUUGCCGCUAGAGCUCCUACUGACGAACCGCCUGCUGUGUCGCCGGCUCAGCCAAAACCAGAAAAUGAUGAAAUGAUGGUACACCAGCGAGCGCAUUCUGUUUCGUCUUCCAUUCAGGCUGGCGGUGGAUACGCGACAGUGGGACGUGCGGGUCGCGGUCCUUUGGCCUCAUCAGGCGCCGCCGCGGAGCCUGCGCCCCCCGACACUGCGGACCAGCUUCGUUAUGAGAACGAUAAGCUCCGACUUGCGCUUGCGCAGAGUUCCGGAAAUGCAAAGAAGUGGGAAAUUGAACUGGCAACCCUGAAAAGCAACAACUUGAGGCUGACUGCCGCGUUGCAGGAGAGCACGGCCAAUGUCGACGAAUGGAAACGACAACUCCACCAAUAUAGGGAGGAAGUAGCUAGAGCGAGACAGUAUGCUGGAAAAGGCGGUGAUGCGAAUGAAGUCGAGCAGAUGCGACAGCGCGUCGCCCAGUUAGAAGCGGAGUUGGCACAGAAGAAUGAAGAGUUGGCACAAAUCAUGAAGUCUAAGAAAAGUGAACAGGAUGCAGAAGCGAAAAUGGCACACAGCCAACUGGAGUUGGCUCUGGCUGCACAGGACGGACAAAGGCAGGUCGUUCAAGAGCUUAACAAUCGGCUUUCGCGCCAGAUUGAGGAAUUGAAUUUACCAAAAAAAUAUAUGGUGACAUACUGCCAACCAGCUCGUCAGGAAAAAAAAAUGUCAAAUUCGAAUUCCAGUCAACCAUCCACCGCGAAAUAAACACGGCGCUACAAACAUGAGACGCUGGACCGGCGGGCGGUGGCCCGCUGUACGCGGCCGUGCGCAAGCGCACUCUGCCUCUGCUGCUGCGCGACCCCGAGCCAGCUUACGUGUCGCUGCCGCGGCACAACUGAACUGAACUAUCGGUAUUUCGCCUGCAGGACUUCUUUUAGGCUUUCAGUUCAACAGUUUAUUGGUAUUUAAUUUUGUUGAUGUAUUCUUAUAUUUGUGUUUCUCAAGUAAUUAAUACCAGUUUUAUAUGUUAUAUUUUUAGAGUUUUGCAAGAAUACUGGUUAAAUUAUAUUUAACUUUGGCUAGGUCCAAAAAUUUAAUAAUAUUGGAUCAGUUUGCGAUGACAAGAUAAUAUGAACAAUUUUAGGUUUCACUGUUAAUAUUAAUCUGUCAAUGUUCUGUUAAAUGCAACUGAGUGUUUAAUUUGCGAUUUGGGUUAGAACGUUUCGUAAUUUUAUUCCAAAGAUUAUUGCAGAAAAAAAAAAUCUUUUACAGUUUUACAAUGUUUUAUAUAAUAAUAUAAGUGUAGUACACUCACGCAUUCAUAGUAUCAUCAUUGAAUAUACAAAAAAUAAUGGUCGCUGUUUUCUGCUAUUUGGCAGAUGUUUUGAUAAGAUUAGCAUUUUAUAUCAACAUUUUUAAUGUUUAUAAUUUUCUUCGAUAUUGUCAUGUGUUUUAAAUUAUUAAUUAUAUUAAUAUUAAACUUAGUUCUUUGGUAGCUCGAAUAUUUUUUCGAACCUUUAAUGUUCCUGGUAAUUAUAUAAAGUUCUUUUCUUGAAAUAAAUUAGUGAACUAGGUUAAUAUCAUCCCACCUAUGUUUGUAAAUAAUUUAUUGUAGUAUAAGUGUUUUUGAGUCCUGCAUAGCGGAAUAUCGAUUCUACAUUUUAUCUUUAGAAAUCCCUUAGUAUGUACGGUCGGCAAAAUUAUAACAAGUACUAUCUUCGGUACAAGCCUUUUUCUAAUUAUAUUCAGCUGUUUAAAAUUUAGUUUCAUAAUAACAUUGUGGGUUCAAUCCUAUUGUAGUGACUUCUCAAGGUGUCAAAAGUAUCUACUAUAUAUUUAUUAUCUAAAUAUUGUUAUGUAUUAGAUAAUUGUAUAAUGUCUGUUUAGGAAGCGUUCAAGUAUUGCGUAACAAAUUGGGGGUAGGGAGGGUCAUCUUUUAAAACGUUACGAUGCGGGGCGGGGAUUGAAUUACGUGUGAUUGAUAUUAUUAUUUUCGACUUUCUAGUACUUUACACAACAUGAUGGACUUACCAUUAAGGUAUACAAGUCACCUGGGGGUGAUUACGAAACGUUUUACUAUUGGAUACAAAAAACGUUACGGUGCGUUUCUUGGAGGGUCCAAGAAUCUCCAAAAAUUGCGUGACGUAAUACUUGAACGCUCCCUAAGUGUGAAAUUUAAGAAGCAUUAAGCACACGUCAUAGAAACGCAAUAACAAAAGUAAAAGGCUGAUAUAUUCUUGCCGGUUUAGAAAAGCAAAUAAACUGCCAUAGUUUCUGUUAACGUCCCACUGUGAAAUUUUCACGCUGUUUUAAGACGUAAAACCUUUAACGCUUUUAAGAAAUUUUGCCGACCGUACUUUAAUUCUUAAUCCUGUAAUUGUCGUUAUUGCGAAUGAAUUAAUAGUAAAUCCUUCAAUGUCUGUCCUACAAUCGUAUAGCAUAAGACAAUAUGAUGAAAAUAAUCUUUAACUAAUUUACUUAGGAUGUCUUUUGAUACUUCGGUUUCUUAAACGCCGGUAUCACUGAUUAUUUAUUAGGGUCGUGUUCAUCGUGAAGUAAAGCGUUUAUGAAAUUUGGCUCUAGUGUCGUUUUUAAGUGUAUAUAAUCGUAGUUUGAACUAAAUGGGACUUUGCUAUUUAACUUUGAUCUGUUAAGCAUUUAUUUUUUCUCUUGAUAUUCUAUUUAUAUAUCUGUUGCUAUAGUGUACGCGUUGACUUGAGAUCUUUACUUCAAAUGCAAAGAAUUAUUUAGGAAACGUCUGAUUUCGUAUGAAGUUGUGCAAUACUAAGAAUUAGCUAAUGCGUAAUAUUACAAUGCAAUAAAUAAAUCUAAUAGAUUUCGACAUACUUUUGGUAAGAAUUGGGGCAAAAUAGAUAAGAAUUUCAAGUGAGGUUCUUAGUAAGGAUCUCAAUUUAGCAUAACUAAAUAAUCCUCGAAAUAUCGUUUUAGUAAAAUUAGCGACUUACGUAUGGGGUCUCAUCAAAAGUUAUGGUAUUCAUGAUAUGAUCUCGUGCCAUCAUUACAUAUAAAUGUUUGUAGGGGCUAUUAAAAGUAUUAAUUCGUAAUGUGUACACAGAACGCGUAUACGACAUGUAUACGCGGCGACGUGCACGUCUUAGCGUAAUAUUGUAUAGCAUAGUAUGGCAAUUUAUUUUUCAGUAUUUAGAUGUAACAUAAUAAAUAACACAUAUUAAGUUUAUUUUAAAAACAUGUUUAAUUCUGCUUUGUAAAUAUUAUGUACUAAUAUUUGGACAAUUUAGUAUGAAUUUGUUGAGACCCCAAAUUACCAUUUCUUAGUUGUAAGUUAAAUGUCAUCUAUAUCCGUCUACCAGAGUAUUUAUUUCUUUUCAAGACCCUGUAUUUAAUAGAUCCCUUAGCGAAUUAGAUAUACACACACAGACAGUGGAAUUUUAACUCAACUUGGAGGUGGCAUAAACAAAAUUGUUAUUAACAGAGAUAAGUUCAAUCAGAUAAUUGGCCAAAUUUCUAUUAAAAUAUGAAACCAAUAUUUCUUGAUUUUGGUUUAUGUCACCUUGUGUCUGUGCAAUUAAAAACAAACGAUAUCACUGAAAAAGGCUGAGGACAAUUUUUUAAAGUAUACAAUGUCUUCUGAACAGGGUAUAUCAUUUACUGUUGAGUGCGGUUUAAUAGGCCACGUUGUUAUUAAAUUUUAAACUUGCACUAAAAUACCUUUCUUGACGCUAUGCGCACGAGUCGUGUAAAUU